AGUAGCUGAACCCCCACCUUGGGCUGGGGGGAGGAGCCACACCAGGCCUCCGGCAGAGAGCCAGGCUGAGGGCCGACCUCCCAUCUCCUUCUGCGAUGCAGAGCCCAAGUCAAAGGCUAAGUCACAGUAAGAUGGGUGAUGUCACGUGCCUCCCUCGCUGCCCACCAAAACAUCUAAUAAAGACUAGUGCUCAUUAAUGGCAUAGAACAGAACCUUCCCCAAGGCAGGGGCUCUGUACCAGCGGUAGCCCCCAACGUAAAACUCCCCUAUAUCUUUGAUAGGCCAUGGAUUGCAUCAUGGAUUUACUUCCGUGAAUGAGUAAUACCUACUGUUCACUAUAAAGUACAUGUUUAGGGGCACAUGGCUGGCUCAGAAGACCAUGCAACUCUUGAUCAGAGGGUCGUGAGUUCAAGCCCCACAUUGGGUGUAGAAAUUACUUAAAAAAUAAACUUGGUAUGUUUUGUUCUCCAUGGAGUCCAGGUCUUGAAGCAGUCCUCACACUUCAAAUCUUAAAUAAAUCUGGGUAUCUUAUUAAUAAUGCAGACCUGAUGCCAAAGGUCUGGGAGGCCUGGGGUUCUGCACGCUGAGCCCAGAGUCUUCUUGAAGAGACCAAGUUUGACAUCUCAAGGAGGAGAAGUCUUACAUGGCCCUUCUUUUCUCUGAGCAGCCACAUAAGGUGGCGCAGGGUCUUGCCUUUCUCAGGAAAUAUGUCCUGUAAAUCGCACAUAACCGAAUUUACCAUUUAAACCACUUCUAAGGGUGUAGUUCAGUGGCCUAAAGUCUCUUCACGUUGCUGCACAACUGUCACCAUCCAUCUCUAAAGCUUUUUCAGCUUCCCAAGACAAAACUCUGUACCACUAAAUUCCUUCCUCCCCACUGCCAGGCCCUGGUAACCACUGUCCUACUCUGUCUCUGGACUUGUCAUUCCAGGCACCUCAUAGCCCUGCAGUCCAUAUAGCAUUUGUCCUGCUGUGUCUCAUUAGGGGACACAUUUUUCAUCUUCAUCAGCAGGAGACGAGGCCUAAACAGUGACUACUGUUGCUCUUUAACCCACAAUGAUGGAGUCCUCAGUUUUUCAGCUAUGAAAUUGUCCUUUGAUGAUGUGACUGCUGAUGGUUAUUUAUGAACAAUGGAGGGUAGUUUUAAGAAUCAAAAGGGGAAAAAGGCAUCAAAAGAUUGUACUCGACUGACCCAGAUGAAAUUCUUCAUGAGGACCCUGGGGAGAAACAUCAGGUAAAAUGAAGUUAAAGAUAUAGCAUGACCCUCACUCUUGUCAGUUAACAAAGUCUAAUGACAUCACUUGGUGCUACAGCAGAUCUCUUCCUCCUCAUUUUCUUUCCCAUUAGCCCCAUGCCACUGCGGGCCAGCCCAUGUGGGCAGGUGUAGGAUGCAGUCUGGCUCCUAGUUACUGCCUCAAUUUCUCUUCUGCAUCCUGUCCAUAUCUAUAAAAGGAAAAACUUGACAAUUCAGCUAUUUAAUGUUUACCUUUUAAAAUGUCUGUCCAUCCACCUUCCACCCAUUACCCUCAUGUAGGAAGAUAAUCCCCUGACCCUUUGUGUCACACAGCUGUGUAUGUGACCUUGGGGAGGUCCAUAUGUCACAAUGCAUAGUUAUUAAGCAUUAGCAUUGUCAGAUGCCAGGCUGGCCCAGGGGUUGCCAGAUUAAGGAGACCCAGCUGUGCCCCCAGACCCACAGGUUCAUGAACGAGAUGGCUCCAUAAGCAUAAAGCAAGUGGUGAUGGGGCACCCACAAGCACACCAUGGUGUGGACAGCAGGCAGAGCAAAGCCUGGUGACUCAGCUGGUGCUUCUGGACUGGCCUAGGAUCCUGUUCAGUAUAUUAGCCAGUUCCUGGAGAAGAGGUUGCUAAGCAGAACAGUACCCCUCUUUGGUUUCUAUCUCUGGGAGUCUGGCUCCUUCCUCUUGGGAUUCCAUCCUAUAGGUCAAGUGCUGCUGCCGCCACCAAGCAAACCAGAAUCAAGCAGAGAUCUUCCCUGGAGUCUACACCAGGCUGGCUUUUUAUGGGACCACAGGGCUCCAGCUGCUUCGUUAGCAAGUGUUUAUGGAGCCCUUCCUUGCUGUCAUGAUGCCUUGUGCUGUGGAGAACACAAAGAUGUCUCCCCCCACCCCCCCAGAGGAAUUAGAGAAUAAAAUCUCAGCAUAAUGUUCCUCAACAGGGACACCAAUCCAAAUGAAGAGGACGAGGUGGCGGAGUCUCCCAGAUGGUCGCUGCCAGAAUUUUAUGCUUUGGUUGAACAUUUUCGUAAGAAGAGCAAUAAAUUGAAACUCCUUAAAACUCACAGGAUGUCACUUAGUGAAGCACAGGAAAUGCUUAGUCAAAACCUCAGUGCCAUGUCAUUCUCCAGUGGAACUAAUGUGAGGGAAGAAGUGUUCCAGCCGAUUUUCAUGUGCAAGGUGGUUAGAAAAGAAAAGGAGGAACCAGACUCGAUGACUGAAGUCCUGUAUCGCAGCUUGUUGACCAGCUCACUGUCUCCAGUGGAGAGACUCUCCAGAUCCCAGCAGAGGCUCUUCCAGUGUGGGAUUCCUCCUCCUACCCACACUUUUCCUUAUGAGAUUCUCAUUGAUCACUCCAAAUCUUUGUCACCGGUCCCCAUCCCCAUAGAGGAGAAGACUCAGAGUGCCAACAUAUUACACGUGCUGGGCAUUUCCAGGAUCAGGCCACAAAAUUUUAUCUUUGGAGACAAAAUUGCUAAGUACUUCUUAGUUAAUCCAGAAAAACAAUUCAUGGAUCUAAGGGACCUUGAAUGGCGAUAUUACAAGGGGAUAGUGAAAUGGAAGCACAGUGCUUUGGAUUCAUUCAUAGACAUAAAGCACGAUGAUGAGAAGAGAUUUGUGGAGAGCCGGGAGAUGCCUGGUGUCAUUUGCCCCCCUAUCCUUCAUGGGUCUUUAGUCAUUUACCCUCAAGUUGAUUAUCAAAAAAAAAUGUAGCUUCUUCUUAAAUAAAAUAUGUAGUUUAUUACAAUAUUUUGGAUGUAGAUUUUGUUUUUGAGAGCAUUGAACUUACACCUGAAAAGUAAAGAAGCAGAUGGAAUGUAGAAGUUGAGUCUAUACAAUAUUCAUGUAGGGUCCAAAAUUAAACCAUUAAUAUGGAGAACAAGAUACAGAUUGAUCUUCUUACAUAAGACCAGGUUUGGAUCAGUAAUAUCCAUCUGGACAAGGGCUGAGACAAAUCUAGAUCAUGUGAAAAGUAAGUGUACCUAUGAAGGAGAACUACUGAGAAAGAAUAGCUCUUUAAAACAUUUUAAGCACAUGAAGAAGUGUAUUAUCAUUUAAAAAGUUGGUAAAUUCAACAAAUCAAAUAACCCCUGAGGAUGUAGAGAGCAAUCUGAGAACUUAAAAAAUAAUAUGUUAACUGCUUAAAAACACGAGGAAGGAAGUAGCAUUUACAAAACAAGAACAGGAAGAUUUGGAAAAAAAAAAUUGGAAAUCUUGAAAUUGAAAAAUAUGAUUAUUUAAAGUAAAAGAAUAAUCCUAAUAGCCCUCAAUAAAUUAUCUCAGUGGUAUACUGGAUGUAUCUUAAGAGAGAGGAUUAAUGACUUGAAAGAUAGCACAGAGAGAAAUUUCUCAAUCAUGGCACAGUAAGAGGAAAGGAGGAAAUUCUGAAAGAAGUUAAGGGUCUCGGAGGGUAGAAUGAGGAGUUCAGAAGUAUAUCCAGUGGAAGUUGCAGAAGAAAAUAGAAUGAACAGAAAAGAGGUGAUGUUUGAAAAUGAAAAGACUGAUACUUUUCCAGAAAUGAAAUGAAUGAAAACUUGAAUGGAGAAACCUCACUGAAUGAUUAGCAAGAAAAAAAAGAAACAAAAACACUCUACCUAGAAACACCGAGCGUAACCACACAACAGUAAGCAAGAGAGGAAAAUACAGCCUACGAAAGAGAGCAGAAUGGUUUGGACACACAAACGUGACAGAUCGACAGCAGAGCUUGCAUUAACAAUAGACGUCAGACAGCGAUUGUGUUUCAAAAUGCCGAAGGAAAACACCUAGAGACCUGAAAUUCACCCACCCAACCAGACAUCUUGAAAGAGCAGGGUUAAAAUAAAUACGUUUGAAAAAAAUGCAAA